CUCCGUCAAGAAGCCGCAAUAAUGAAGUCAGCCAAGUGCCGUAUGUUACGGUAGUUACCCUGCGCAUACCUCUCCCCGACAAACCCAUCCCCAAUUGUCCGUGGUACUCGGUAAUUAUCCGACAGUGUACGAUUUGGCGUCAGUGUAUCCUCCCUGGCACACGAUUAAAAUCCCAGAGUGGGCAAAUGGCCGCCAUCGAGUGGUGUUUGCCUCCAAGUUUUUCCGAUUUAACGGUUCCCCAGGUCAAACCGACGAUGUCCUAAUCCCAUAUUCCCCCGGAGGGAUUAUCCACCGAUUACCAAAGCCCUCCCAACUCCCCCAAAUGAUCGUGAAGUGACAAGAAUCAAGACAAAGUGAAGUGUUGAGGACGGGUGAGCCUUUUCUCUUGAAUAAGUAAGAAAAAAAUUAAAAUAUAAAAAAAAAAAUUAGCAAGGGACCCGGGCGAUGAACAGUGAUAAAAUCGGCCCGGUUAUGAAAUCAGUGUCGGAGGGUGAACUCGGUGAAAUCGCCUCGCGUGAUUCAACAAUCCUGGGCGUGGAUGAGGUUAAAGAUCUCCGAAAUCCCAAUUCUCGACUCAAAAGAACGUUCACAUUGCCGAAAAAUCCCUUUCAAAGUGCAACGAGAAUGUCCAGAAGACGUAGUAAACACACUAGGGAGAACAAUAACAACAGUCGUGACAGCAUUAGAAUGAGUGACAAUGGUAUAUCGAACAGCAAUAAUUACCAGGAUAAGCCUGGCAAGAGGGUCUUCAGGAAGCCCUCGUGGAGGAAAUUUCUCAAUAAAAUGGUACAGCAUAUGUCGAGUGUACAGAGUCAUAAAGUGGCUAGGCGUGAUGACAUUGCAUCUAGUGCCAAUGACAUGAGAGUUCCACCCCCAAGGCCUGCCCACAUACCCCCUGACAGGGUACCUGGGGUUAUUGGUCUCAGAAAUCAUGGCAAUACUUGUUUUAUGAAUGCUGUCCUCCAGUGUCUCUCGCACACUGACAUACUUGCUGAGUACUUUGUCCUCGAUCAGUACAAGGUUGAUCUGUCCAGGAGGAAUAAACUCAAUUCCAAGAAGUAUGGAACGAAGGGGGAAAUCACUGAACAACUCGCUCUCCUGCUUAAGGCUAUUUGGAGCUGUCAGUAUGAUCCUGAGAUGAGCACUGCUUUCAAGAGCGUUGUCGAUAAAUAUGGCAGCCAGUACAGGGGCAAUCUUCAGCACGAUGCACAGGAGUUCCUCUUGUGGCUCUUGGAUAAGGUCCAUGAAGACCUUAAUCAGGCCACCAAGAAGAAGUAUAAGAUUAUUAAGAACUCCUUUGGACGACCCGACGACAUCGUGGCAGCUGAAACACUGGCUAAUCAUGUGAGAUGCAAUCACUCAUUCGUCCACGAGGUUUUCCAGGCCCAAUUCAGAUCGAGUUUGACCUGCCCCAGGUGUCAUCGACAAUCAAAUACGUUCGAUCCGUUUCUCUGUGUUUCGGUUCCAGUGCCACAACAGCAGAGGCAAAUGAAUCUUUUUGUUAAUGUUUUGUACACGUCACAGCAGCCUCGACAAGUCAGGAUUGGGGUCACUGUGAAUCAAGCUGCGAAUAUUAAGGAACUUCGGGAGAUACUUGCCAGUGAUACUGGUAUUGAGGAGAGUCACAUGCUUUUGACUGAAGUACAUGAUGAAGGUUUCCACAGAACGUUCUCGGAUUGCCAGCCCCUCUCAGUGAUAACCGAGAAUGAUCCCCUGUACUGUGUGGAGCUGCCCCAGCUGAAAGAGCCAACAGAACAAGCCUACAUCCUCCUGGUAUGGGUGAACGUUCUAGUGAAAGGAAAUCUGCGCGAAAGAUUCGGCAGUCCCUACACGAUGCAAAUAUCUCGAGAGACAUCCUACGAGGAUCUGCAGAAGUUGCUCCUGAAGGAGAUGCAUACGACGCUCUCGGAGGACGUGUUAACGUCGAGCCAAGCCCCAGGCCUCUUCAACAUCAGGGUGGCAGACCCUGCCGCAACGCCAAUCCAGGACGAACACCCCUGCAUCGAUCCCUGUGUAGAACAUCCCCUGUACACUGAACAGAUAGAGCAAGCCCUGGCCCUGUGUGCAGACGACUCAGGUCCCCAGCACGUCAAGCUCAUCCUCGAGUGGGACGAUGCAACGAAAUCCAACAUAAUCCAGGAUGACUCUGACCAAAUAGAGGAGCACGCAAGUGUGAAACAAAUGAAAACGAACGCCGAGCUGGGGGGAACAGUAACCCUGGAGGAAUGCUUUGACUUGUACACGAGGGAGGAGAUACUGGGAGCUGAGGAUGCCUGGCACUGUCCGUACUGCAACAGAAAGCAGGAGGUCGUGAAGAAAUUAGGGCUGUGGUCGUUGCCAGAUAUAUUGGUGAUUCAUCUCAAGAGAUUUCGUCAGCAAACAGCUAAGCAGAGGUCAACGUCCAAGCUGACGAUGCUCGUAGACUUUCCUCUGUACGGAUUCGAUAUGACACCACAUUUAGCACACGGUGGGGUCCAGCCAAAUCACACGAAUGUCACGACACUUGGGGCACUGGGCUGGUCACCCUGGAAAAAGCCACGAACACGUCAUCAUAACAUUCCCAAGUAUGAUGAGAAUGUCUACGAUCUUUAUGCCAUCUGCAAUCACCAUGGGCAGGACCUACAGGGUGGACAUUACACUGCCUUCUGCAGGAAUCCAUACGACACGCAGUGGUACUGCUUCGAUGACACCAGAGUCGAGGCUGUCAAUGACACCAAUUUGAUAACAAAUGCUGCCUAUAUGCUUUUUUAUCAGAGGAGAAGCAGCAAUUCUGCUGGCAACUCAUCAGCUGCAUCCACUAGCUCCACGGGCUCUGGUAUCGAUCACUGGGUCUCCAGGAUGCCGCCUUUCUAUUUCAAUAAUAAAAAUAGUUGUGGAGUUAUUACGAAUAACAAGCAGAGCAAAUCUCAGGAGGUACUCUGCCAGGAGAAAAUUGUUGAGGAGAAAAAUCUUAAUAAUUUUAAUCGUGGAUGUCGUAAUUAUGCGACUCUGCAGCCCAAUAAGAGGCACGUUGCUACGGAAACUGGGGAGGAGACUGGCGAAAUUGAUCAUUAUUCUGAUGACGAAGCACCGUCUAGGAGAGAAUGGGCCUCGCCAAAACCAGUGAGAAAGACGUCCUCCAUAACGCUGACACCAAGUCAACCCCCAGCGAUAAUUCAGAAUGCUCGUAGUGAUCCAGACACAGCUGUAAUUCACGAAUCAACAUUGUAACAUACAAUUUGAGCCAGAUAGGGAUCUGGCUAUGGAGUAGAGUGCCUGGACUGGUUUUAUUCACAUACUAAGAUCGUUGCAGUAGUCUGUUAGCCAAGAGAACUUUUGGAUAUGUAAAAUAAUUUCCAAUAGGCAAACUAAUUGCUCACCUACUUGUAACUGUCUUUUACUACCGUUUCGUAAUUUUCGUGAGCAACGAGAGAUCUCAGAUAAACAUUUCAAAUUACCAAUCCCACAUUAAUUUUUUUUUUCGUAUAACUGAAGACUAUUCUCUGAAAGUGCGUGUCGUACAUUUUUUUAGAUUCAUAUUACCGUGAGAUCAAUGAACUGAGGGUCUGAAGUUAUGGCUUUUACGAAUGCCUGAAUCGAGGGUA